UCUCGCAACAAGAAACUACAUUAAAACCUACACAAAUAAAAAAACAAAAGCGUCAACUGUCAUAUCACGCGCCGGAUUGCCAAAAACCGCGCGCAUUUCAACCAAAUACCCGACCUCAGUGAUGUGCCUUAAUUAAGUGAUUCACAGUGACCCGUUUCGGUUUCAUCCAAUUUGUGCUAUUCGGAAAAUUCGUAAUUUACGUGUAAUUGCUUUCUAGCAAUAGGAUGCAAAAAAGGAAAUUAUUAUCAGACGAUCAGAUGCAAAUUAUCACGCGAGUCCCCUAGAGAUAAAGCGAGAUAGGAGAUAUCGUUGUCACUAUCGUUACACUAAGUUGAUAGACCGUAUCGCUUCUUCGCUGUCGUUUCUAUCAGCUGAUUUACACAGCACGUUUCAGAAUUAUUGAAAAAUGCAUUUACAUGGCGCGUCAUAGUAAAUUCUGUUGCUGACUCAGAGUGUGAACCGCGCAGCCGCGAAACAGACAUCGACAAUUUUUUCCGACAUUUUCGAACGAUAGAAAUCUUGCCGCCUAAACAAUUUUUUUUUGUGACGUCCAUCUUGUGCCUUAUGUUGUGUUAGAGUGAGAUGGUGUCAUAGUGUUAUGAUGGAAAGAAAAGUGGAAAGGCGAGUGCAAUGGGCUUCAGAACUGCACUCGGAGUACCGCAGCACGUACAGAUGGCACGAGUACAAGGAGCAACAGCAGCAGCCCGGCGUGGUCAAGCAGCCUGCGCCCGCGCCGCCCUCCGCACUGCCCAUUGCCAGAGGCGUAAUCGAACCAGCACUGCCGCGUCGUAAAAAGUAUCCAGGGGUCGCGUACAAAACCAAUGAGUUCUUUGAUCCGGCGCCUUCUGAUGAGAUCAGACCACAGCAGAACGCCACCUUCGACCGCGCCCGAAGCGCACAGAGGAAUGACUCGGAGCGCGCCGGUCGGCGUAGUAAAUCUGAGGGACCACGCCAGCCACGAUGGACUGACACUGUCGAACCUAAGGCAACCACAGCCUUAGGCGAAGUGUUAGCGGCUAAAGAACCAGAACCGGUAUCCGUGAGCACGGAGUACCGCAACCAGUUUGCAUGGCCUAAAGACACCACUGAUGCACCAAGGAAGAGCAUCUCUAUGGGAGCGCUGAAGAAGGCUGCCGCGGCCGAAGGUUCAGUAGAAGCACAGCCACUAAUGAACCACGUGGAUGGUGAGGAGGACCACAAGAGAUACAUCGAAGAUUAUUUGUGGAACGGGCAGAAGCCCGCCGUACAGAGGGCUUUGCCUCGUGACGAAAAAGAUGGCAAGGAGUCAAAGAACCAUUCACCAAAGAAGUUCAGGUCGUUCCGCUCUGCACCGCACCAGUCCAUACACGCCAAGCUUCAAGAGACUAAAGCAUUGGAGCGUUCUCCGCAUAAGACAUCGCCACAGAAGCAAAGGAAGAAGCUUCAGGGUCAAAGCUUCGAUGAAGGCGCGGCCCAAGAAGGAGUUAAAACUGAAGGAGCCUACCGAUCUCCAAGGCGGCGGCCUCGCUCGGCUGACCCGGCACCCGUUACUACAAGACAUCUGCCCAAUGGACAUGAGGCACAUCCUCGACCUAUGAAGCCUACCGGUUUGCCGUUAAGUAGGGGCAGUAGUAAUAGAGUUAGGUCAUCGUCGAGAGGUGGAAGGUCACCUUCCGCGCCUCCAAAAUCUGGCCCUGGAACGAAUGGGACAGUGGAAGCCAAUGCCCUUGAGCAGAACAAAAGGAGUCGCAGCGUCUCUAAAGUGGGGAUAAAAUUGGAAGACGAUAUCCAGGCUCACCGCAGUGCGUCUGUCGCUAAGGACCACUUCUUCGACGACUCCCCAGUGGUUAAAUCGCCCCCGGAGCCCACUCGUGUUAAGUCCCCUGAACAGAUGAACAUGCGCUCCCCCGAUCCUGUCAACUGGACAGUGCCACUUGACACUGGCAAGACAUUCACUGUGACACAGAAUGUCAAAAGCGAGAUCGCUCCAAUCCAUCAUCAGCAAAUGUCGCCAAUCCGUUCGCUGAAAAAGAGUGAGUCGCCCACAAGUUUGAGCAAACGCGUGGAUAAAACUCCCACCACACCAACUAGCUUGACUCCCAUAUAUGAGACUAAAGCUCUAGAUUUAAACAAGGUGAAUGGCGUCAACGGGAUCAAUAGCAACCAGCUGACACCCGAAACACCAAUUAAAGAAAGUAUUAAAGAAAAAGAAGUAAUCAAGAAAUCUACUGAAGCCACUCAGGUGGCGCCAGGAGUGGUUGACACAACGCUAAUAAACGAUACAUCGAGCUCGGGUGGAUUGACAGCGGCUGAGGUAUUAGACCGUGCCCGAUCCAGGUUUGACAAGUUCUGGGGAAAAAAGGAGGAUGAUGUGUAAUCUUACAGUUCAAGCGUUAAUUGACAAGAACACGUAAAAUUCGAGGGACAUUCUGUCUCCCUGGACGUGUAUGUCAAUGAAGGAGACAGCGUGUGGAUUCGAUACAGUUGUUCACACAAUGCAUUUAAUAAAGCAAUGAGCUAUUCUCCUAAGGUUAUAAAAUCGCAAAAUAAAGUAGGUCGGUGCAUAGCUUCGCUUGUAUAAGAACGAUUAUUGUAUUUAUAUUAUUAUUUAUUAUAUAAUGAUCACUGUCUAUUAAAUAGGAGUGUGGUGGCUUGUGAUAGUAGAUACGGUCUGGUCGAAGUAGAAUAGUAAGAUUAAUAUACGUAUUUAUGAGACGAGAAGUUUAUAACUGAAGUUCAGGAGAUAUGGGUCAAAUCAAAUUUUAAGUCUCUUAAUAUUGUCAUAGAUACAUUAAUUGACUGUUCAGAGAUUUUCUGGAAUAGGUUGAUUUUAAAGAAAAUAUUAAAGACGGAUGCUGGCAUUUAUUAAAGAUAAUAUAGUGUGUUUAGUUAUAAACUUCUUGGUAACGAUUACAAGAUUCGGUGAACAAUAGAUGUUGGACUUAUACAACAUUUAUUGUAAAAAAAUAAGUAGUUAUUAUUAAGUUGCGAAUUAAAGUUGUAUAUUUACUUCAAUCCUAUUUAUGCGCAACUAUUGCAAAUAUUCAAAGCAUCAAAAACGUGACGCAACGAAAUAGUAUCAAGCGGCAAAGGUGUCUGUCUAAUUAUUUUUUAAUUCAAUUAUUAAAUAUUCUUUGUAGAUUCAACUUAACAGAAAUAAUGAACAAUCACAAACGUAUUUAGCUUUCUCAAAAAUUUCUUUCUAAUCAGACAUCUCCGUCCAUAGACAAAAAAAAUUAUUAAAAGCCAAAUUAAAUUGUGAAUGGCUCAAUCCAAUCAUAGUUCAUCACCAUCAAUUUCAUAUGAAAAUAUUUCUUAGUUUCCAAGUGAGGGUCUAAAUCAAUGUUUCGUGAACUACAUUGUGGUUGUUUAUUAUUUCGGAAUUGAAAAAGCCCUUACAUUUAGUUUUGUUCAUAAGUAGAUAACUUUUUAACUAUUUAUAAAUUACCAUGGGCAAUGUAUACUUUCUAAAUGCAUCUGUUAGCCGUCCAACGUAGUAUUUUUUGCGAAAUAAUUACAAAAUAUAUUUUCUCAAAUUAUUUCUACAGCUUUGUAAUCUAUGGAUGAAAAGAUAUAUUUUAUAACAAUCUACAACAUUAUUCUUCUUCUAUUGUAUCUGUGAAUGUACUUGAUAGUAAAUUGGCGGGAAAUUGAAAUUAACGGCCAGAAGCCAGCUUAGAUAGUUCUUCGAUAAGUUAUUUGAUCGUAAUUGAUUUUAAAUACGAAAAUUGCUAUAGUGUUUUUAUCGAAAAACUUCGUAGUUACCAUGGAUAUUUAUCCAGAGCCUUGCCGGAUAUGCUUAUCCGUGUCCGAAUUUAAUGUAUCUUUGUCCGGUACGUAUUGUACAAAAAGGAAUAUGAUAGCCAAAAUAUUGUUAUACCUGAAGAUUAUUAUCGAAAAAACGGACAGGCUAAAAACAAUUUGCUACAAAUGUAUGGUAAGCAUUGAACAGAUCGAUGAUUUUAUAACGACCAUAACACAGUCUCAAAAUAAUUUCGAUAAACAUUAUUCAAGACCAAAGAACCGUUCACCCAGCAUUCGCGUAACUUCCUUCGCUCAACAAGAAAAGAAUGCCAUUCUCAAAAUUAAACAGUCGAGUCCAUUCUUUUCCUAUUCGCCGCUAAAUAUACUUGUAAAACCAUCGAAUCAUCAGUUUUUGACCUUUGACACUCGUUUACAUAACGUUCAAAUAGAUAAUCAAAAGGAUAAUUUGCAAAUGAAUCCAGAAGCAUCGAAACACCUUUCGGUCGAUAUAUUUGAAUCUCAGUCUGACCAUGAGGAUGUGGACUUGAAGCGGCCAGAUUAGAAAAUUACUUCAGACGCGAAUAUAAGCAAAAGAGUAAAUGUUAUGAUCCAUCAGACAACUGAUUGAAUUAUUUUGCGUUCUAUGGAAUUCCGUAGAGACAGGGUAACGUUAGAAUUGAUUUAAGUAAUUUCAUGUAGAUAUAAUAAACAUAGGUGCCUAUUGUUUUAUUAAUAGACUAGCUAAAUAUAUUUCAGUUUCACAGACAAUAUAAGUAAUCACAACUUUGAAUUUUUGUAAUUUAAACUUUCUCUAUACCCGUAAGAUUAUUAAAAAUUUUAUCAUAUAAGAAAUUUGUUAAUACUAAUAAAUAUUUGUGAAAUUGAUGUUACUUGAAUUAAUAAUAAAUGUCAUUGAAAUUUCAUUUUAAUUUAGGCGUUUAAUACUAAUGACCUUCGACCGUAAACGUGACCCCAUAAUGUCAGUCGAAUUCGUAUGGAGUCAUGUAACAACCAAUUAUAAUUAAGGAUAAUUAUUGCGACGGCGAGUCACGCCUACGGAAAAAGGGGUUUGUCUCAGUGCCCAGUAUCUUAUUUCAAGCAUUGAAUUGUUUUUUUGCGCACAAAAUUUUUUUGAGCUAUUCCUUCCUCGACAUAUUUUUCAUAGAAAGAAAUAGCUUUGCUACGACGUUAAGCGUUUAAUUUUUCUGUUGUAAUUACAUCAAAAUGGACACCUUAAUAAACAUUAAAAAAUG